UUUUCAUUUCUUUGGUUAUUAUCAAUCAUGUCUGCAAUUGCAUUAGGUCCUACCAUUGGUAGAGUCACCAAACGUCGUAUCCAAUUCAAAUCCACUAGAUUCUCCAAGUACUUCUUGCUUGGGUCUGCUGCUGCCACUGCCUCUUUGGCUUACAUGUACGAUGACUACAAGAAGAAGAACAGUUACAACAACAACAACAACAACAACAACAACAACAAUAACAACAACAAGAACAUAAAGAGAAGUGGAUUGAUGGGUCUCUUUGGUGGUUCUGCCGUUGUCAAUCAAGCCACCGUUCCUCACGGUAAAGGGUUUGAUGACUAUCAAAAGGUUUACAAUGACAUUGCUCAAAAGAUCUCUGAAUUCCCUGAAUAUGAUGAAAACUCUGGUUUCUAUGCUGUUUUAGUUAGAUUGGGAUGGCACUCAUCUGGUACUUACAACAAGGACGGAAACACUGGUGGUUCAUACCGUGGUACUAUGAUUUAUGCUCCUGAAGAAUUGGAUCCUGCUAACAAUGGUUUACAAAAUGCUCGUGAUUUCUUGCAAGAAUUCUUAAUCAAAUACCCAUGGAUCUCCAGAGGUGAUUUAUGGACUUUAGCCAGUGUUGCUGGUGUUCAAGAAGCUGGUGGUCCAAAGAUUCCUUGGGGUCCAGGUAGAGUCGAUGACAAUUCCGGUAAGAAUGUUCCUCCAAACGGUUUAUUACCAGACGCUUCUCAAGAUGGUAAGUAUGUCAAGAACUACUUUGCCCGUUUAGGUUUCAAUGAACAAGAAUCUGUUGCUUUAUUAGGUGCCCACGUUUUAGGUAGAUGUCAUCCACACAAUUCCGGUUACAAGGGUCCAUGGGGUCCAUCAUUCAACCAAUUCACCAACACUUUCUACAAUAUUUUGUUGGAAGACUGGAGAGUUAAGAAGUGGGAUGGACCAAAGCAAUACGAAGAUGUCAAGUCUGGUGAAUUUAUGAUGUUGCCAACUGAUAUUGCCUUGAAGGAAGAACCAAACUUUUUAAAGUAUGUCAAGGCUUAUGCUGCCGAUGAAGAAUUAUUCUUUAGAGAUUUCUCCAAGGCUUUCUCCAAGUUGAUCUCCUUAGGUGUCACUUAUCCAAAGGGAUUCAAGUUGUGGGAAUUUAAGACAUUAGAUGAACAAGAAGAGUAAAUUUUAUCUCUUAGUAUAACUAUUUAGUAUAUGAACAUUAUGUUUUGAAUGUUGUGUAAGUUUUCAUGAAUUAUAUUGUUGUAUCAAAUCAACUACCGAUGCUGUAUAUUUGUAGAACAAUUUCAACGGAUAGAAAUAUAAAAGAUGAAGUCAACGAGAUUGCAUCUAUAAUGAUAUAGAGACGUGAAUUGAGACUUAAUAUUGC